AUGUGCAUUGUUACUGCACUAAAUCAGGGUAUAAGAAAUGGUGGAGGACUUGGUGAUGUUCUUCGUUAUCCUUCAAGCAAGGAACCACUGUAUGCUGCCCGGGUUGUGUAUGAUCUUCUGUAUUUUUUUGUCGUUAUCAUCAUUGUUCUCAAUCUCAUCUUUGGUGUUAUUAUUGACACAUUCGCUGAUCUACGGAGUGAGAAGACUACAAAAGAAGAAAUUUUGAACAAUACUUGCUUUAUUUGUGAUACAUCUAUAGAUACAGUGAUGGCAGUGGUAUUGGUGGUUGUUUGGGCAUCUGUGGAGAGUUCUAAGUGGUUGAACUGUGCUGAUGUGUAUACUAUUGACAUCUGUUUGGACAGAAAGGAAUUUGACAACAAAGAAGUUACGUUUGAAGAUCACAUUAGUCGUGAGCACCAUGUCUGGGACUACCUGUCAUUUAUUGUACUGUUGAAAGUUAAAGACCCAACUGAAUUUACUGGACCCGAGAGUUACGUGGAUCAGUUGAUCAAGACUGGUAACUUGGAGUGGUUUCCACGGAUGCAAUGUAUGUCUCUCUCAGAGGAGGAUGGGGAGACUGAGCAGAAUGAUCUUCGACUGCUAAGAGAGCAGUUGAAGUCUACAAAUGCUCUUGUCGAACAGCUUAGUGACCAACUCAAAGACUUGAAAGCGAAGAUGAACGAACAGAGGAAAGAUCUAAAGAGGCAAAGACUUUUGAGUAUGCCAACUGUAUCUGCAACUUCAUUCUCUGCUGGUUAA